AUGGCUGCAACUCCCGUCGAUGACUGCAGUGCUACGCAGGAUCACCUGUCACUUCCCUAUAUUGCAAGAAUCCUCAUGGAGGAGGAAGAAGAGGAAGAGGAUGUGGAUGAGAACCACCCUGUGCUCCUUCAUGCCCAGCGAUCCUUUGCCCAAAUCCUCUACUCCUCCAGUGUGCUUGCCUCUGCCUUAUUGGCAAACCAAAGCGACAACUUUGCCGGUGUCACACAUUCAAGCAGUUCAGUCAAAGACAGUGUUAUUCAGAGCAUGCCUGGCUCAGACGUCUUCAACUUCAAAGCUGCAGAUGAGGUUGGCAGCUUUUUGCUGCUCGCCAACAAUGAGCACAACAUGGACAUGUUCAGCACUGCCUUCUUCAAGGGCAUGGAGGAGGCCAACAAGUUCUUGCCUACAGACAGCAACCUAAUGGCCAGCAACCAGGGCCAAGCAAAGGAGAAAAGCUGCAGGGGCCGCAAGGACAGAUACAGCAAGCUGGAGGCUGACGUUGGCAGGACAAGCAAACGUCAGGAAGCCGGUGCCUAUGAGGAGUUCGACGAAAUGCUCAUUGCCUUGGACAAUGGGUCUGGGAAGAAUAACAAGAAGGGGAGAAAGAAUGAGGUGCAGGUGAUUGACCUGCACACGUUGCUGAUCCACUGUGCCAAGGCGGUGAUGGAUGACCGGCAGAGUGCGGGUGAGUUGCUCAAGGAGAUCCAGCAGCAUGCCUCACCCACUGGCGAUGCCACGCAGCGGCUUGCCUACUGGUUCGCAGAGGGGCUGGAGGUGCGGCUCUCUGGCACAGGCAGCCAGGUGUAUGGCACACUCACGGCAAAGGGCACCUCUGCUGUGGCACACGCAGAAGCUUAUCAGCUAUUCAUGUCCACCUGCUGCUUCAGGAAGGUAUCCUUCUUGUUCGCCAACAAGGCCAUCUUCAAUGCCGUAGUGGGGAGGAGCAGGUUGCACAUCGUAGAGUAUGGCUUCCAUUACGGGUUCCAGUGGUCGGAGCUGCUGCGCUGGCUGGCAGCAAGGGAUGGUGGCCCGCCGGAGGUCAGGAUCACCCACAUUGACCUUCCACAGCCUGGAUUCCACCCAGAAAAACAUAUGGAGGAAAUGGGUAAUCGGCUGACUGACAUUGCCCGAGAGAUUGGUGUUCCAUUCAAGUACCGUGCAAUCAUGGCGCAGUGGCAGACCGUUUGCAUCGAGGACCUGGACAUUAAACCUGACGAGGUUCUUGCUGUGAAUGACCAAUUCAAUUUCAGGACCUUAAUGGACGAGAGUGUCAUCGCAGCCAGCCCAAACCCCAGGGAUGCAGUCCUCAGCAACAUCAGCAAGAUGGAGCCAGACGUGUUUGUCCAAAGUAUCAUGAAUGGCUCCUAUGGUACCUUCUUCCUGUCACGGUUCCGAGAAGCCCUCUUCUAUCACUCUGCGUUUUUUGACAUGCUUGAUGCAACCAUGCCACGGGAGAGCAAACUGCGGCUGGCGCUGGAGCGUGACGUCUUUGGCUGGAUUGUCCUGAAUGCUAUCGCAUAUGAGGGAGAGGAUAGGGUGGAGCGUGGUGAGACCUAUAAGCAUUGGCAGAUCAGAAACCAACGGGCCGGCCUCAGGCAGCUGCCACUGAACAGAGAGACUGUUAAGAUGGCUAGGGACAUGGUCAAGAACGACUACCACAAGGAUUUUGACAUUGACGAGGAUCAGCAAUGGCUGCUGCAGGGUUGGAAGGGUCGCAUUCUUUACGCCCACUCGACGUGGGUGGCAGAGGCAACUAGCUACCACUGUUAGCUAUUUUCUCCUUGCUGUACUGGAGCAAAGGCAGCUACAGAUAAU